AUGGGGACUAAGGAAGUUCCAGCGCGCCGUGGGAGUCUUCCUCCUGCAGACGCCGUCAGGAUUUUCGCUCCUUCCCAGAUUUCAAAUAGCACGAGCGAGCAGAAGUUCGAGAAAAGAGGAUCAGCCCAAUAUGGAAUUAUGGGAUUGUGCCAACCUCGGGUACUGAAGGGGAGGACAACGCUACCAUCAUCUUCCCUUCUUCACUCGACUGCAACUGCUGAUGGUGAUGCUAUUCCUACUACUGAUACUGCUACUGCUGCUACUACCCCUACUACUGAUACUCCUACUGCUGCUUCUACUCUUACUGCUGAUGCUACUCCUGCUGCUACUGCUACUCUUACUGCUACUGCUCCUGCUACCCCUACUACUGAUACUACUACUGCUGCUUCUACUCUUACUGCUGAUGCUACUCCUACUGCUACUGCUCCUGCUACCCCUACUACUGAUACUCCUACUGCUGCUUCUACUCUUACUGCUGAUGCUAUUCCUACUGCUACUGCUCCUGCUACCCCUACUACUGAUACUCCUACUGCUGCUUCUACUCUUACUGCUGAUGCUACCCCUACUGCUACUGUCCUCCUCACAGCAACCCCUGGGCCAGAUGAAACCAGCGCCGUGCAUCGAUUUUUCAUACUGAAGUCACACAUUAGUUAA